GUGUAAGGACUACGGGUCCCGGCAGGCCCCGCGCGGCCGCCAUCGCCGGGCCCGGCGGGGAUUUCCCGGGACGGCGGCGGCCGCCCCAUGGCGGAGCGAACCUGAGCGCGGCCCCAGCCCGGCGGCCCCGGCAUGGCGGCCGCGGAGGCGGCGCCGGUGCCUCCCGGUGAAGUAAAACGGCCCGAGGGCGAUGAGUGGUGCGACAGCGGCCUGGGUUCGCUGGGCGAGGGGCAACUGGGGCCGCUACCCGCCAGCCCCGCUCCCGCCAGCCCCGGUCCCGAGCGGUCCGGUUCGGCUCUGGGACCCGUCACGGCGGCGGUAGGCGCUGUUCGCCUCGCUGAGCCACCCCAGGAGGCGGAGGAGGAGGAGGAGGAGGCGGCGGCGGCAUCACCGGUGGCCGCCGUGGAGGCCGCGGCCUGGCUGCGGCACGUCCUGGGCUUCCUCACCGAGGACGGCGACACCGCCCUGCACUUGGCUGUCAUCCACGAGCAUGAGGCUUUCCUGGACUCCAUCCUGCAGUACACGGGGGGCACGGAAUACCUGGACCUGCAGAACGACCUGGGGCAGACAGCGCUGCACAUCGCCGUCAUCCUGGGCCUGUCGGGCUUCGUGCGGAAGCUGCGGGCGGCCGGCGCGGGGCUGUGCGUGCAGGAGCGGGGGGGGCACACGCCGCUGCACCUCGCCUGCCGCGAGGGACGCCGGGGCUGCGCCCGCCAUCUGCUCGGACCCUCCCGGACCCCCCCGGCGCCCCGCGACGAAGAGGCGCGCGCCCAGCUCGACAGUGUCAACUAUGACGGUUACACCCCCCUCCACGUUGCCGUUCUCCGCAAAGACCUGGAGAUGGUGGAGCUGCUGCUGAGCGCCGGUGCCGACCUCAACAAGGCGGAACCCAGCUGCGGCCGCAGCCCCCUGCAUCUGGCGGUGGAGGCGCAGAGCCCCGAGGUGGCCGAGUGCCUGCUGCGCGCCGGCGCCGACCCCGCCGCCCGCAUGUACGUGGGGUACACCCCCCUCUACAGCGCCCGCCACCGCCCUGACCCCCGCCUGCCCCAGCUGCUGCGGGAUUUCGGGGCGCAGGAGCCCCCCGGGGACUCCGAGGACAGCCCCGACGAGGGCGAGGACGACAACAGCGACGAGGAAUACGACGAUAUCGUCAUCAACAGCGGGCGCUGCGUGGACUGAUGGGCCCCUUGGCCCCUGCCCGGCCCCCCCCAAGUCUCCCCCUAUUUAUCUGGGGGCUCCCAAUGCCGUUGGCUGGACUUUGGGGGAGCCCCCGCUCCCCCCACCCCAAACCCUGCCCCCCCCCCCCCGCCCCCCGCAGUCCCGGUCGUAGCGUAGAGGAUUUAUAUCGGUUGUUGUAAAAUAAAGAGGCGUUUGGCCACCGCGCAGA